UUUACGUCGGUUGUUUAUACUAAUAUUUAUUUGUAGUUGUGAAUUUCCAUUGAGUAAUCGCAGAAAAUGUGAAAAUGUAUGUACACGUAUGUACUAAGCGUUGAAUGUUUUCUCUCACUUAUUUAUUUUAUUUUCCCUAUCGUUUAGUCCAACGGCCAACAGGCGUGUUGUACUUGCCUUCGUGUCUUCUCGUCUCUCGUCUGCUUUCAGUUCGUUCAUGCGCUUUCGCUUGAUGACUUCUUAACACACAAACCCAAGCAGUCCACAUACUGACAGCCAAGUGUUUGAGGGUUCCGUAUACGCACUGUUAAACAACUAAACAGCCUAGCUGGCUAGCUAACCUGCCUCCUCGGCUGCUUGCUGGACAGCUUGCUGGCUGUGGCUGAUUGCUUUGCUCCUGUGCCUGUUAAAGAGAAUUUUCCACUUGUCUGUUAAGUGUCUGUUGGUAGUGCCUGUCGAACGAAUAGGGCGGCUCCGCACAAAUGCUGCUGCUAACACUACUCGCCGUCUCGCUGCUGCUGCUGCUGCUGCUGCGGCGGCGGCUGCUGCUGCUAUUCUAUCGUUUAACGAAAUAUACAAUUUUCACUUCGUUCUCGGUCAAUCGCUCGCUGUCAAUUUAGUGUGAAGCGUGUGUGACGAUGUUGGAAAAAUUCUGAAAUCUCCAGCAAAAAGUGUAGCAAUGUGAAAGAAUUUAUGGAAAAGAAAUAAGAAAAAAUAAAAAAAUUAAAUUUGUAAUAACAAAAAGCCGUAUUUGCAGUCAACUAAAAUUUACAGUGUUUUAUGAAUAACAAGUAACAACAAAGUAAAAUUAACAAAGUUUACCCAGCACCCGUGACUUACUAGAGCAAAUUGUGAAAGAAAAAAAGUAAUAAACACAAAUAAGCAAAACAUUUCGGAAAAAAAGAUAUUAAAUGAAAACCGAUUGAAAAAUAACACAAUUUGUGUAGUGUGCUUUUAGGCGUAUGCAAUCUAAUUGCAUUCAAUAUAUAUUUGCAUAUAUAUAUAUAUAUAGAAAUAGUUUCCUGUUGUAUUGUGUUUUCGGCCGCUCACGGCCGAAUUUAAACGACCUUCAAAACGUUUUGCGUAGAAGCAAUUCGCACCAUGGGCUGCGCACAGUCUGCCGAGGAGAGGGCUGCAGCCGCUAGAAGUCGAUUGAUUGAAAGGAAUCUCAAAGAGGAUGGCAUACAGGCGGCAAAAGAUAUUAAAUUGCUGCUAUUAGGCGCUGGUGAAUCGGGUAAAAGCACAAUAGUCAAACAAAUGAAAAUUAUUCACGAAAGUGGAUUUACCCCAGAGGAUUUUAAACAAUAUCGGCCGGUUGUCUACAGCAACACAAUACAAUCAUUAGUUGCCAUACUUAGAGCAAUGCCAAACCUCAGUAUUCAGUACAGCAAUAAUGAGCGAGAAAAUGAUGCAAAAAUGGUAUUUGAUGUUUGUCAACGUAUGCACGAUACGGAACCAUUCUCAGAGGAGCUUUUGGCUGCCAUGAAACGAUUGUGGUCGGAUACUGGUGUUCAAGAGUGCUUCUCACGUAGCAACGAAUAUCAAUUGAAUGAUUCUGCUAAAUAUUUCCUCGAUGAUUUAGAUCGGUUAGGUGCCAAGGAUUAUCAGCCAACCGAACAGGACAUUCUACGCACUCGUGUCAAGACGACCGGUAUUGUUGAAGUGCACUUUUCAUUCAAAAAUCUCAACUUCAAACUAUUCGAUGUCGGCGGUCAGCGUUCGGAACGAAAGAAAUGGAUACAUUGCUUUGAAGAUGUGACAGCGAUCAUUUUCUGUGUCGCCAUGUCUGAGUAUGAUCAAGUCUUGCAUGAAGAUGAAACUACGAACCGAAUGCAAGAGUCCCUAAAACUAUUUGAUUCCAUUUGCAAUAAUAAAUGGUUCACUGAUACAUCUAUAAUUUUAUUCUUGAAUAAAAAGGAUUUGUUUGAGGAAAAGAUACGCAAGAGUCCAUUGACAAUCUGCUUCCCAGAGUACACAGGAGGUCAAGAAUACAGUGAAGCUGCUGCAUACAUUCAAGCUCAAUUCGAAGCGAAAAACAAAUCAACCUCAAAGGAAAUCUACUGCCACAUGACGUGCGCCACAGAUACAAAUAAUAUACAAUUUGUUUUCGAUGCUGUUACCGAUGUCAUUAUCGCCAAUAAUCUGCGCGGCUGCGGUCUGUAUUAAGCACGCAAUCUGUAUGUAAUUGCAAAAAUAGGAACAACAACAACAACGUUUAUAGCAAGAAAAAAGAGAAGAAAAAAAGAAAAGCCCAGUGCAGCAGAAAGCGAAAAAGUAGCAACGCAUUUGCAAAAACUCAUUGUCGGACUCCAUCACCACCGCGCCAAACAAACAAAAUAUACAAGAAACAACAACUAAAAUACAAGAAAUUUUUACUGCUCCUAGCAGCGCACUAUAAAUGGUCACCACCAAUGCAAACAACAAAAUGGGCGCAACUAAUUGAAGAAUUUAUCAAAAAAGAUAAAUAAAAUAAAAUAAAAUAAAAAUCAUUAAUUUUUAAACAAAUGAAAAUUGAUUCAAAUACGAUGCGCCCUUACAUAUGUAUGUAUUUGCAUGCAAAUGUGAUGAAUCUCAUGAUUAUAUCGACUAAAAAAAAGAAAGAUUUGAAUGAUUCAAAAGCUUAAUGGAAAGUUUUUAUAUGGAAACGCAAUAAAUGUUUGAAAAGAAGUUUUUGGUAGCAUGAGAAAACGGAUACUACAAAACAAAGAAAGAAAUGCUGCAGCAUCAACACGUUUUGUACGUAGUUUUUGAACUAAAAUAUGCUGGCUCAAACAACUAAUUAUUUCUAAAUUUUUAACGGUAAUGUCCAAACAAAAACUCUGAAAUACUGAAAAUCGAUUUAUUGCGUUUUGAUAUGGAACCACUCUCAAUAUUAGUUUUAUCUGAGAUAAAAUUUACAUACAUCUACACGAUGAAAACAUUAAAACCGGCAAUCUAUAUGUAUAGCUAUGUAUUAUAUAGAUGAAAAUAAUACCGUUAAACUAGUUAUUUUAGUUUUAUAUAAUUCUAGAAAUUUAAAUUGCAAGAUUUUACUACUAUUUUUCCGUAAUGUCUAAGCAUAGGAAUAUUUAAAAAGUAAAAAUACAUUUAUAUACAUAUAAAUUGCCGAACCGAGUUGAUGUUGUGUGGCGAUGAGUGAGUGAUGGAUUUAGCUGGUUAAAUGAUUUGUUAAGGCGUUGCGCUAAGAAAAUCGGAGCCCAAAAGCGGAAGCUACAAAGUAAAAUUCGAAAAAUUAAAAUAAAAACGCAGUUACGCCAUUAAAGUAACAGCAGCAGCAGCAGAAGAAGAGCGAAAUGUACAUUUUAGUCAAGAAGCAUAAGAAAAAAAUUAAAAAACACACACACACAUACACACUAAGAAAUGAACGCACACAUAAAAACACAAACGCAAAUACAACAAACAACUAUGCAUACAUACAUACAAACAUACAUAUAUACACACACAUGAACAAGAAACUUUAUUACUAAUUAAGCUUACUAAGAAAUAAUUGAAAAGGAGAGAUGAAUACAAAACAAAAACAAAACAGA